AUGGGCCAAAAACAUAACAGACGACGGACAAGACCGCGCUCCCGGUAUCGUUCAAAUGCUCUUCCAAAGCAAGAUGUCUUGCCUGCGGCGGCCCCUGCCUGCCAGCUACCUUGUGACUCCAGUCGUUUAAGGACUCCUCUAUUUAGUCCCUUCCCGUACCUGAUGCCUGACCCUGAGCCGCCAGCAACUGCGCAAAAAUGGCAAAAUCAGCAAAUUGUGUGUCAGAACGGCAAAGGCCGACAAAUUCAGGAGGCCACGAAGUUGGAAGCUGAAUAUUUCCGCCUGUUUGGAGGCGAACCGGGGGAUGAUAUAACCUUGUGCUAUCGCAUGCUGGAAUACUUCGGGGGACUCGAUUAUAUUGAUUGGCAUCUCACCAGCUACCAGCGCCUGGAUAUGCUAGUUGAGAAACUCCAACUUGGGGAGUAUUUGGUAAACAAAAUUGAAACAUGCCCCCACAACAUCAAACAUCUUUCUUCACGUCCAUACCAACCACCAGAGCGUGGACUAUUCGACGCCCCGGCCCGUAGCAAUGACGGUAUCAACCUCAUGCAGUAA